AUCUUUAUUUUUUUGUAAUUUUAUUUAUUACUUUACAUGAUGAUUCCAUCAACAUAUUUAUACAUCUUGAUUUUCGUCAGAAAUUUAAUCCCACAAAUCCAUGCAAUAAAUCCGUUCGGAGUCAACCCAUCUCCUCUUUCAACAACUUUUCCACAUCGCACUGACAUUCCAAGAAGAGUAGUAACACAGCUUUCUUCGUACGGUCUUAAUGAAAACACAUCAGCCAGUCACAUUUGUGCUAAAUUUCCGGCAUGGCAUCCAACAACUAAGGAGUGGGAGGACAAACUGCGUCCAAUGAGGCUUACUUUAUGUUCAAAGGAAUUUGGUGGCGGAGGCAACUGUCUAUACUUUUCAUUAGCAGGAGGUUUAAAAGAAGCAGGAUACAAAAUUGGUCGUUUCAACUUUGAAAGGGAAGAUCUUCCAAUGCAUCUUCGACAGUCAAUAUUAAAUCGGAAUUUUAAUAAAGAUGGGUUUUUUGCCAUGGGGGAUCUUAGGGUUCUUGCAGCAAUGUCAUUUGUUGGACUAGACCCAGAAAUACCAAACGCUCAGCAUUAUCUUGACGUGGAAGCUUUGAAAACUAAACUCCAAAACACAUCUAUUGGUUUAGGUGAUGCCCCUGAUAUACAGUGGAACCCCGGCCAAAUGCUACAAGUAUUGGAGAGCAAAAUUAUGGAACCAAUUCAGGUGGCUAAAAAAAUUUUUAGCAAGCUUUCCUCCUCUAAUCCCGUUUUCACCUGGGGGUCAGGAGAUGAUCUUUAUGGUUUGGCUGAAGUACUGGCCUGUGAUUUUCUCCUUUUCCACAAGUCCAAUCUAACAGUACAACACAUUAAAAGUAGUACAAGAUCCCCAGUUUGUACAAUACUGCUAUAUUACCAUGAUAUGAUUCACUUUCAAGGUGCAGGAAUCGUGGAGUGGGUAUAUAAUUCUCUCGACUACAAACUAUAUUCCGUGUUUGAAAAAUUUGAAUUAAGUGACAAAUUAUACGAUUUAGUCAUGUCGCAGCCACAUUAA